AGGUCUAAGGAAUGGCAACAUCUCACCAGAGAACAGACACUCAGCCAAUAUUGUAUUUGAGGGGCCUGAGUUAUUUCACUUUGAGGCAAGGGUGGACACGAGCUCAUCAUUUUGUAACCUUACCACCUACUUUAUUGUCUAUGUUGAUAGAGUUCCUCUGAUGAGAGCUGCAGAAUACAGCAUCAUUGUGAUCAGCACUGUCGUUUUUGGAGCCGUGACUGUCUUCAUGUACCUCCUCCACCACUAUAAACAAAACUUAUCAUUAUCAUGAUUGCACUAGCUAAUAUAAUAACAGGAAGGUUUAUCAUUCUUUCUUAUAACAUCACCUAACUCUAUAGCU